UUAAACGACAACGACGAUAGAAAACGAUGGCACGCUCGUCAUUUGAUCGUCAAAGAAUCCAAUGUCGCGCGUUGUCAUGAACGUGGCUGUAGCAUUCGGGCUAUAGACCCGUCGAGGCUUUUUCUCCCUCUCUCUUCGUCUCUGGCUAUUUCUCAAUGGUCUCAGUCUCUCCUUCGAUUGCUUUCGGUUCCUUUCAUGGCAAAUGGUUCUUCGUGAUCGCGGACCAUCGGCGGACUUACGAAUCCUCUUUGUGCGUUGUCGCUCGCAACAACGCGGUACUUGUACAUGCGAUGGAUGAGGAUAAACACCUGCACGCGACGCGACCUCGUUAAAGACUUUGACUCGUGUGACGGUAAUAAUUCGUGAGUACAACGGAGAUCUCCAAAGAAUUCACGCGUCCACCGACGUGCUGGAAAAUUGUCGCCUCCUUGACAAAAAUCGUGUUGUACACAAAUAUAACGCAGGUUUGACGACGAAGGUGGACAAGUAGGCAACGUAACAUUAAUCAUCCGUUCGCGGCGGGAUACGGGACAGAAUGCUCGCCAGUCAGAGUUAGAGUCUCACCGAGAGUCCGAAGAGUCUUCGAGUGUCCCUCCUCACGCGCGCGAUCGAUAUUGCCCUUGAACUAACGUGUCGCGCCUUAUUAUAAACGCGCGCGUGUGCUAAUUAGCGAAUCGGAGUUGCAGCAUACGCGCCGCGCGUAUCACUCGUAUACGCACGCGGGCUCGUCCUUCGCACGUAUAUUUAUAUCAGGGCAUGCAGUAUCGAACUCAAAGUAGACGCCUCCGACAGCUUGCGGAGGCGCGUCCGCAUUUAGGCGCGCGGCCUCGUGACCUGCAAUUUUCGCGCCGAAGCUGAGGCUUGAUAGUGCCGAAAACAUCACUCUUGCAAGUGUAUGUGCAUGUGCGGACGGAACAUUGAUUGGAUCAACGCAGCACGACUUCCUUGGGAGCUUCUUGCAGUCGAUGCUACGUCUUUAGGAACGAUUCGAUAGUUUAUUUUGCUCGAGAAAGAGGAUAAAAGAAAGGAUCAGUGCAGAAGACUCUAAAAGCGCGCUAAUUGAAACAAUGGAUUCGGAGGAGGAAACGCUUUAUGAUGAUGUUGACUCCGGCAACGAGUCCAGCGGCGAUGACGUUGAUUUUGCUAUGGAAAUAGAGUCUGGUAAUCCACGGGAGCGAGCUACCGAUGUCGACGAGUAUCCCUUUGAAGUACUUUCCACAGAAGAAAUUGUACAGCACAUGGUUGACUCCAUAAAGGAAGUCAACACUGUUGUCGAAAUACCAGCUACUACCACACGUAUUUUAUUAAAUCACUUUAAAUGGGAUAAAGAAAAAUUGAUGGAACGGUUUUACGACGGUGAUCAGGAAAAGUUGUUUGCCGAGGCACGCGUCAUUAAUCCGUUUAGGAAGGGUCCUUUAAUAAGCAGGAGCCGAUCCUCCCAAAGUUCGUUAGUAAAUCCUAAAAGACCGACAAACGGAACGGAGGAAUGUGGCAUCUGCUUCAUGAUCUUGCCAUCCUCAAUGAUGACUGGUCUGGAAUGUGGUCAUCGUUUUUGUACCGGUUGUUGGGGUGAAUACUUGACAACUAAGAUCAUGGAAGAAGGAGUUGGACAAACAAUAGCAUGUGCUGCUCACGCGUGUGACAUUUUAGUCGACGAUGCCAGUGUUAUGCGACUUGUCAAAGAUUCCAAAGUUAAAUUAAAAUAUCAACAUUUAAUCACCAAUAGCUUUGUUGAAUGCAAUAGGUUACUGAGAUGGUGCCCUUCUCCCGAUUGUAAUAAUGCCAUUAAGGUGCAGUAUGUAGAAGCGAGACCAGUUACUUGCAAAUGUGGACAUAUCUUCUGUUUCCACUGUGGCGAAAACUGGCACGAUCCUGUAAAGUGUCAUUUACUCCGCAAGUGGAUCAAAAAGUGCGAUGAUGAUUCUGAAACAUCAAAUUGGAUCGCUGCUAACACAAAGGAGUGUCCCAAGUGUAAUGUUACUAUCGAAAAAGAUGGCGGAUGUAAUCAUAUGGUUUGCAAAAAUCAAAAUUGUAAAACUGAAUUUUGUUGGGUAUGUCUUGGACCUUGGGAACCGCAUGGUUCUAGCUGGUAUAAUUGCAACCGUUACGAUGAAGAGGAAGCUAAAGUAGCCAGGGAUGCGCAAGAAAAAUCCAGAUCAGCUUUACAGAGAUAUUUAUUUUAUUGCAAUAGAUAUAUGAAUCAUAUGCAAUCACUAAAGUUUGAAAGUAAAUUGUACGCUAGUGUAAAAGAGAAGAUGGAAGAAAUGCAGCAGCAUAACAUGUCGUGGAUUGAGGUACAAUUUUUAAAAAAGGCAGUUGAUAUUUUGUGUUCCUGUAGACAGACUCUCAUGUACACUUAUGUUUUCGCAUAUUAUGUGAAAAAGAACAAUCAAUCUGUGAUUUUUGAAGAUAACCAAAAAGAUCUGGAGAGUGCCACAGAGUGCCUCUCUGAAUAUCUUGAAAGGGAUAUCACGAGCGAAAAUCUUGCAGAUAUUAAACAAAAGGUUCAAGAUAAAUAUAGAUACUGCGAUAGCCGAAGAAAAGUGCUUUUAGAACAUGUCCACGAAGGGUAUGAGAAAGAAUGGUGGGAUUACAAGGAAUAGAGGAUUCUUGCUAGUUUCAUUUUUUGGGGUGAUACGAGUCCUCUUCCUUCCCACCUCUGCCCCAACUGUGAUAAACCAAGAAAGAGUUAACAAGAGACAAAAAUGGAGCAUGUCACAAAGUGAUGAACGUGUUGUAUGCACUUUAUACAUAAUAUGCUCUGUGGCACAACACCUAUAAUGUCGUUUAUGAUUAAUAUUGAACUCAAAUUAUUAAAAUUCAAUCCGAUCACAAACAAGUUGAUUGGACAAUAUUUUGAUUUGCGCUUGCUGUGUAUUGUACAUCAUUGUAGAUUAUUGAUUCUUGAUAAAAAUGUCCCAUUGUUUUAGGAAAUCUUAAGAAAAGUUAUAUUCAUUAAGACGAACGUGUGUCAUUAUUCGCAAUAUAGCAUAUUGCGAUGUAAACGUGACUUCGCUAAAAAUUUACUAUUUUAUUUAGCAUAUUUUAUUGAUGUUAGGCGAAUUGAAAGCUUUUGAAUCCUGAAAACUUAUUUUCUUCCUCCCUUAAUAUUUUAAGAAUAACUGUUUAAAAUAAGUUAGAUACAAUUCAAAUAAAUUAUCCCAACUGUUUUAUUCUAUUUUGGACCACAAUACGUCCAGGCUACAACUGCCAAUGUUUAAAAACACUAAAUUAUCUAUAUGCAUAUCGUCAGUUCUAUGUAUUCAUGUUUGAUAGCUCUUCUCAUUCUUGCUUGUAUAUUAUUUUCAUAAAAGAUGCUUAAAUACAGAAUAUGUUUCAUUAUCAAGAUUCCAUUAUAAAGAUUCUGCCUUUUUUUCUGUAUAUAUUUUAUUUUUUUUACAAAUAAAUUAUUUACAAUAUCAAUUAAUUAUAUUCAUAUUGACAUUGUGCAGAUUAAAGGGGGCCAAGUUUGUGAUAUCUUUCACAUGUACCAUAUUCCAUCUCUGCAUGUAAAAGUAGAACACUACAAUUAUCGACUUGCAAGAAAAUACUGUUACUACUUUUUCUUUUUGUAAAUUAAUAUUUUAUAUAUAUUGUAAAUUUUUUAUCUUGCAUUGUG